AUGGCGCAGCGCAUCGCCAGAGCCGUCAGACGACUCGCACCGCAGGAAAGGGUUUUUCUCUCGCCUGUGGACCGGCAGUGGCGUACGGCCGGAUGUCGGGGUCACCAUCACUCGCUGUGCUAUGUACCCCGAAGGGCAGUCCUCUACUGCCCCGGCAAUGAUGAGCGUAAGCUGAAAAAGCUGGCCUCGCUGGACGUUGACUGCGCCGUCUUGGACUGUGAAGACGGGGUAGCCCUCAGCAAAAAGACGGAGGCGAGGGAGACCAUCUCGCGGAUGCUGGUGGAGCUGGAUCUGGGCCGGACGGAGAAGUGUGUGAGGGUCAACUCGGUGUCCAGCGGCCUUGCCGAUGAAGACCUGCGGGUCAUCCUGCAGGCGGAGGUGCUCCCCCCGGCGCUCAUGCUGCCCAAAGUGGAGGACACGCAGGAGGUGCAAUGGUUCGUUGACAGGUUUCAGAACCACUUGAAAGGACGAGCGCUGGCAGAGCCGGUCCGCCUGGUCACCUUCGUGGAAACCGCUGUGGGCCUCCUCAAUUUUAAGGCGGUGUGUGAGGAGGUGCGUCGCAUCGCCCCCGAGGCCGGCCUCCAUCAUGACGGCGUGGUGUUUGGCUCUGAUGACUUCUGUGCCAGCAUCGGGGCAACGCGGACCAAGGACGCCCGGGAGCUGCUGUACGCGCGGCAGAAGGUGGUGGUGACCACCAAGGCGUUUGGGCUGCAGGCCAUCGACCUGGUCUACAUCGACUACAGGGAUAACGAGGGGCUGAGACAGCAGAGCAGAGAGGGCGCUCUCAUGGGUUUCACAGGGAAGCAGGUGAUCCACCCGGGCCAGGUGGAGGCCGUGCAGGAGGAGUUUUCCCCCAGCCGGGAGCGGGUGGAGUGGGCCAGAGAGCUCAUCGCUGCCUUCGACCGGCACCAGACGGAGGGAAAGGGGGCGUUCACCUUCCGGGGCAGUAUGAUCGACAUGCCCUCGCUGAAGCAGGCGCAGAACAUCGUGAGUCUGUUGGCCGCCGUGCCGCGGCGGCAGUAAACCCAGCGGAGGAGCCGCCAUGCCGCACACGCGGCAGCGCAGGAAGCCGAAGGAGAGCUGAUGACCACGAGGACGUGUGUGUUGACGGUAAUGGAGUGGAAGUCCAGCUGACUCUGCCCACGGUGCUUCCUGUAGAGGGAUCAUGGAAACGGGCUGUAAACUUGUCACCGGCGUUGAUGUGUGUGUGUCCUGUUAAUUACGCUUGUUAAUUGAGUUUGAGCUGUAUUAAAUUAUUUUGG